AUGGCUUUGCGAUUGGCCUCUCGCGAGUUCUUGAACUUUGCUCGCAGCGGGGGAAUUCAUACCCAGUUGAAGAAAUUGAGCGAAAUGUUGAUGGCAAUUCGAGCAGUGCUCAGCGAUGCAGAGGCUAAGCAAAUAACGUGGGAAGAUAUGAGAUUCUGGAUGAAUGGUCUAAGUGAUUUGGCUUACGAUUUGGAUGAUCUACUUGACGGAAUCGCAACCGUAGCUUUUGCACAUGAAUUGAAAUCCCAGCCUGAAACAGCUACCACAAGUAAGGUACAAAAAUUCAUCCCUACUUGUUGUACUAAUUUUCGUAGAUCUGUUACGCUCAAGAUAAAGAUGGGUCAUAAGAUUGAGGAGAUCACUUAUAGAUUACAAGAUAUUGUAAAACUGAAAGAUGAUUUGGAUUUGAGGGUUAUUCGAGAAGCAAGGUCAAACACAGAAAGGGAGAGCUUGUCAACAACUUCCUUGGUCGAUGAGCCCCAUGUUUAUGGUCGGGAAAAGGAAAAAGAAAAAAUACUUGAAUUGUUGCUCAGGGAUGAAGCAUGUAAUGAUGAAACAUGCGUCAUUUCAAUAUGUGGUAUGGGUGGUGUCGGCAAGACUACUCUUGCUCAACUUGUGUACAAUGAUGAGAAAGUGGAGGAUUUCUUUGAUUUGAAAGCAUGGGUGUGUGUUUCGGAAGUGUUCAAUGUAUGCAUGAUAACCAAGAUUAUUCUUGAGGAGGUCACCAAAGAAAGAUGUGAUUCCAAGACCUUCGAGAACUACGAAAAAUGGGAUCUCCUUUGUGCUCCUUUUCGAGUUGGGCUACCUGGAAGUAAAAUUAUUGUUACAACUUGGAAUGAAGGUGUUGCAUGUAUCAUGGGUUCUGUUAUUGCUUACCUUCUGAAUGUUUUGGCAGAAGACUAUUGUUUUUCUUUGUUGGCUCAGCAUGCAUUGGGCAAAAUAAAUUUUGAUGACCAUCCAAAUUUGGAACUAAUUGGCAAGGAUAUAGUCAGAAAGUGUAGAAGUUUGCCUUUGGCAACAAAGACACUAGGAGGCCUUUUGCAUACUAAACAUAACUCAAAUGAGUGGAAAGUUAUACUGAUUAGCAAAAUCUGGGAGUUAUCUGAGCACAAGAGCUGUAUUCUUCCAGCUCUCAGAUUAAGCUAUCAUCCUCUCCCUUUUCACUUAAAGCAAAUGUUUGCAUAUUGUGCUAUAUUUCCAAAGGACUAUGAGUUAGUUUUGUUAUGGAUGGCAGAUGGAUUUCUACAACAAUCAGAAGAAAUGGAAGUUCUUGGUGGCAGUUAUUUCAUUGAGCUAUUAUCAAGGUCCUUCCAACGUUCAGGUUGCACAGAAUCAAAAUUUGUGACCUUUUGAACGAUCAAGCUCAAUAUGUUUCCACGGAAAUAUGCUUUAGGUUGCAUUAUAAUAUGG